AUGGAUGACGCGGCGGCGACCAAGCUGCAGAAGGCGUACCGUGGCUACCGGACCAGGCGGAAGCUCGCCGAUUCCGCCAGGUGGCAAGCGCUGAACUUUGCACGGCUCAAUCAUAGCACUAUCUCCUUCGUUGAACCCAAGCCUAAGAGUGGAGCAUCACAUUGGAAUCGAGUUAGCCUCAAAGCAUCUAAGGUUGGUCAAGGUCUCUCUAGAGAUAGCAAGGCUCUCAAGUUGGCUUCACAGCACUGGCUUGAGGCUAUCGAUCCACAACAUCGGUCUGGGCACAACCUGCACUUCUACUAUGAUUUUUGGUGCCAAAGCCAAGCCAGCCAGCCCUUCUUCUAUUGGCUUGAUGUUGGGAAUGGAAAAGAUAUUGAUCUCCCUGAGUGUCCAAGAACUAUGCUUAAGAAGCAAUGCAUAAAAUACCUCGGUCCUCGAGAGCGUGAGCUCUAUGAAUACAUCAUUAGUGAGGGAAAGGUUAUCCAUAAGCAAUCUGGAGAACCACUUGAUACAAGCCAAGGUCCUGAAGAAGCUAAGUGGAUUUUUGUAAUGAGCACAGCAAGAAAACUUUAUUCUGGCAAGAAGGAGAAAGGUGUAUUUCAGCACUCUAGUUUUUUAGCAGGAGGUGCUAUCAUAGCUGCUGGAAAACUUACAGCAGAAAAUGGAGUGAUCAAGUCCAUCGUGACCUACAGUGGUCAUUACAAGCCAAGCAUGGAGAACCUCGUCAAUUUCAUGAAAUUCCUUGAAGAGAGUGGGGUUGAUCUCAAAGAAAUCAAGGCACGUCCAUUCACCAAAGAUGACUGCUGCGAUGAUCCAACGCCUAACGAUACACAGAACAUUGUUGUUUCUACCAAUACCCCACAAGUGGUUCUCUCUCCAAACACAAUGGAAGGUGAUGAAGGCAAGGAUGCUCCUGAAGAACAAGCCAAGCUAACAUACCAAAGAACCUUAUCAGGUGGUUUGCGUAGCCCAAAAGCUGCCAUUGAUGUCCCGCAGAAGGCAAUUCUUGAGAGGAUAAAAUCCAAGAGCGAGUCUAAAUCUUACCAGCUUGGGCACAAGUUGUCCAUGAAAUGGAGCACUGGGGCUGGUCCAAGGAUUGCGUGUGUGAAUGAUUAUCCAGCUGAGAUCAGAAUGCAAGCAAUGGAAAUGGUAGACCUGUCACCCGGAGCAUCAACGACACCGGCCUAGAGCAUGAAGUCUACGCCAACUGUAAUUAUUCUUUUAUUCCGAAAGGAUGGCAAGAUCUUUGCCAUAGUUUUUAAGGAAA